ACUGUCUCCUAACUAAAUAGGAAUCUCCAAUUUCUUUCUCUCUCCUCCUCCUCUCUGUCUGUUUUUCUUCUUUCAUUCUCUCUCUCUGAAAUCCAGAGAGAGACCAACAAAAGUGAAGGGGAGAAAGUGGUAAAUUCGAUCAUUGUGUACAUUUGAUGAGAGACAAGAGCAAUGGGAACCGUAACUCAAGAAGCAAUCGAUCAGUUCAAAGCAUUGAUGGACCAAGCUGAAGAACCACUGAAAAAGGCUUUCCAGCAUAUUCAUCAGGGAUACCCGACUGAAACUUUGGCUCGUUUCCUCAAAGCAAGAGAGGGGAAUGUUACCAAGGCCCACAAAAUGUUGGUGGAUAGUUUAAAGUGGAGGGUUGAAAGUGAAAUUGAAAAUAUGUUAGCGAAACCAAUAGUUCCUACUGAUUUAUACAGAGCAGUACGCGAUUCACAGCUCAUAGGGUUGUCAGGUUACUCUAGAGAGGGCCUUCCCGUGUUUGCUAUUGGUGUAGGGCUCAGUACGCUUGACAAAGCAUCUGUCCAUUACUAUGUUCAGUCACACAUUCAGAUCAAUGAAUAUCGGGAUUGUGUAAUUUUGCCUUCUGCCACAAAAAAGUAUGGGAGGCAUAUUAGUAAGUGUUUGAAGGUCUUAGAUAUGACUGGUUUGAAGCUUUCAGCAUUGAGCCAAAUUAAGUUAUUGUCAAUUAUUUCGACCAUUGAUGAUCUGAAUUACCCAGAGAAGACGCUUACAUACUAUAUUGUCAAUGCUCCAUACAUAUUUUCAGCUUGUUGGAAGGUUGUGAAGCCACUUUUGCAUGAGAGGACAAGAAAAAAAAUCCAGGUAUUAUCAGGUAGUGGACAAGAUGAUCUGUUGAAGAUAAUGGACUAUGCGUCCCUCCCACAUUUUUGCCGAAGAGAAGGCUCUGGAUCUUCCAAACAUUCACAGAAUGCAACCGACAAUUGCUAUUCCUUGGAUCAUCCAUUUCACCAAGCCCUCUACAACUACAUCAAGCAACAACACUCAAUCCGUGGACCUGGUGGACCAAUCAAGCAGGGAUCUGCUCAUGUCGGCCACCCAGAUUUGGCUGUGGAAGAAGUGGAUAUUGCCAAAACACUUGAAGCUGAGCUACUGCAUUUAGAUAAUAGGGAUGGGCUUCAUGGGUCACUAGGUGACCUAAAAAUCAAUGAUGACCAAAAGUAGGGAACGUAGUGCCUCUCAUGGUGAGGAGUUGCAACACCAGAUGCACAGUCCCUUCUUACCAUCUGUUGGGUUGUAUAUGUGAUUUGGUGGUCCUUGUCAGUUGAAUGUGCAACCAGUUAAUGGAGUAGUUCCUGCAUUAGUUCUAAGUGAUCUUACCAGAAAAGCUAAUAUGAGGUAUGUAAACUGGACAUGUUAGCUGGAUAAUCAGUUUCAUUCGGUUUCCAGCAUAAAAUGUACGAAGAAAACAACAAAGGAAUGUGAUAAUUGUAACUUAAAGCAUGUUUGAUUCACAAGAUUAAUAGUGAAAGUAUUAAUAAUCCUAUCAAA